GGUCCUGUUGAGGCUCCAACAAGGUUCCUGAAUAUCUGAGAGGAGGGGCUACCUGUGAUGUAAAGCUUGUGGUAAUGAAUGAGCAUGUUGUUGUGUUUGUGUGAAGGUGGGGGCUCUGCUAUGGAUCAGAGUGAGGACAGAGAGGAGGAAGCCCCCCCCUCUAAAGGCUCUGGGGAACAUGACAGCCAGACCAAAGCUCAGAGCCCAGAGCAAACACCACAUCCUGCUGGACCUGGACCUGGACCUGAACCUGGACCUGGACCUGGACCUGGACCCAGUAACCAGCUUACUGCCAGAGACCAGAACCAGGGAGAAAAGAUGGAGACACCUAGAAAAGUCCUAAAAAGAACUUUACAAAGUUUGGGGGAUGAUGACUUUGAAGAAUUCAAGUGGGAGCUGCAGGGGAAGGUCCUAGGAUUCCCAGGAAUCCCAAAGAGUGAACUAGAGAAAGCAAACCGGAGGGACACAGUGGAUCUGAUGUUUCUGUACUACGGCAUACACACCUUUAAAGUGACAAGAGAAGUUUUGAGGGAGAUAAAUCAGAAUGCUCUAGAAGAGAAAUUAUCAAAAUUCCCAUCAGACCCUGAAGAUAUUCUCACAAAGUGCCAAGGUGAACUCAAAUCUAACCUGAAGGAAACAUUUAAAAAUAUCAAAUUAAUAGAAAAAUCUGAAUCCCUAAAUGAAAUCUACACGGAGAUCUACAUCACCAAGGGAGACACCGGAGAGGUCAACAAGGAACAUGAGAUCAGACAGAUCGAACAAGCAUCCAGUAAACCAGACAGAUCAGAAACACCCAUCAGACAAGAAGACCUCUUUAAAGGCUCAACUGAAAGAGAUGCACCAAUUAGAGUGAUGACAAAGGGAGUGGCUGGCAUUGGGAAAACAGUCUUAACACAGAAGUUCACUCUGGACUGGGCUGAAGGCAAAGCCAACCAGGACAUCCAGUUCAUAUUUCCAUUACCUUUCAGAGAGCUGAAUGUGGUGAGAAAGGAAAAGUUCAGCUUGGUGGAACUUGUUCAUCACUUCUUCUCUGAAACCAGAGAAGCAGGAAUCUGCAGGUUUGAUAAGUUCAAGGUUGUGUUCAUCUUUGACGGUCUGGAUGAGUGUCGACUUCCUCUGGACUUCCACAACACUGACAUCCUGACUGAUAUCAGAAAGUCCACCUCAGUGGACGUGCUGCUGACAAACCUCAUCAGGGGGAAGCUGGUUCCCUCUGCUCGCCUCUGGAUAACCACACGACCUGCAGCAGCCAAUCAGAUCCCUCCUGAGUGUGUGGACAUGGUGACAGAGGUCCGAGGGUUCACUGACCCACAGAAGGAGGAGUACUUCAGGAAGAGGUUCAGAGAUCAGGAGCAGGCCGGCACCAUCAUCUCCCACAUCAAGACCUCACGAAGCCUCCACAUCAUGUGCCACAUCCCAGUCUUCUGCUGGAUCUCUGCUUCAGUUCUGGAGGACAUGUUGAAAACUGAGGGAGGAGAGCUGCCCAAGACCCUGACUGAGAUGUACAUCCACUUCCUGGUGAUUCUGUCGAAAGUGAACGUCAAGUAUGAUGGAGCAGUUAAGACAGGUCUAAACUGGAGUCCAGAGAGCAGGAAGAUAAUGGAGUCUCUGGGAAAACUGGCUUUUGAGCAGCUGCAGAAAGGCAACCUGAUCUUCUAUAAGUCCAACCUGAGAGAGUGUGGCAUCGAUAUCAGAGCAGCCUCAGUGUACUCAGGAGUGUUCACACAGGUCUUUAGAGAGGUGAGAGGAACGUACAAGAACACAGUGUUCUGCUUCGUCCAUCUGAGCGUUCAGGAGUUUCUGGCUGCUCUUCAUGUCCAUCUGACCUUCAUCAACUCUGGAGACAACCUGAUGGCCCCCUGGUGGUCUAAAGUCUUCAGACAAAAACCUAAACAUCUCUACCAGAGUGCUGUGCACAAGGCCUUACAGAGUCCAAACGGACACCUGGACUUGUUCCUCCGCUUCCUCCUGGGUCUUUCACUGGAGACAAAUCAGACCUUAUUACAGGACCUGCUGACACAGACAGGAAGUAGCUCACAGACCAACCAGAAAACAGUUGAAUACAUCAAGAAAAAGAUAAGAAAGCACCCGUCUCCGGAGAAAAGCAUCAACCUGUUCCACUGUCUGAAUGAACUGAAUGAUCGUUCUCUAGUGGAGGAGAUCCAACAGUCCCUGAGUUCAGGCAGUCUCUCCACAGAGGAUCUGUCUCCUGCUCAGUGGUCAGCUCUGGUCUUCAUCUUACUGUCAUCAGAAGAAGAUCUGGACGUGUUUGACCUGAAGAAAUACUCUGCUUCAGAGGAGGCUCUUCUGAGGCUGCUGCCAGUGGUCAAAGCCUCCAACAAAGCUCUGCUGAGUGGCUGCAACCUGUCAGAGAGAAGCUGUGAAGCUCUGUCCUCAGUCCUCAGCUCCCAGUCCUCUAGUCUGAGAGAUCUGGACCUGAGUAACAACGACCUGCAGGAUUCAGGAGUGAAGAAGCUGUCUGCUGGACUGGAGAGUCCACACUGUGAACUGGAGACUCUCAGUCUGUCAGGCUGUAUGGUCACAGAGGAAGGCUGUGUUUCUCUGGCUUCAGCUCUGAGCUCCAACCCCUCCCAUCUGAGAGAGCUGGACCUGAGCUACAAUCAUCCAGGAGACUCAGGAGAGAAGCUGCUUUCUGCUGGACUGGAGGAUCCACUCUGGAGACUGGACACUCUCAGUGGGACAUGAUUAUGUUUUUCCUGCCUUGAGUGUGGGUCCUGCGGUGGGGGAAUGGAGAGAGGAGGAUGGUCUCCUGCUAUCACUGGGGACUCUAACACCUGGAAAAUUCAGCUCCUGCAAUGGAAAGAAGCUAUACCUUAGCUGCGUAAAGGUGCUAAACCUCAGCUCGCUCGCAGGCGUCAGAGAGUCGAGGUGGACGGAUGUGUUUGGCUUGGGCUUUUCCCCUCAGGGCAGCUGGCGGAUCCUGUAUAAAGCUUCGGUUGAGAAACGGAUGGCUGACAUCCAAUGGAGAAUCAUACAUGGAGCACUAGCCACUAACAAAUACAGAGCUCAUUUUGACCCGGGCACAAGGGGGCGCUGUCCGUUCUGUUUUAUGGCAGAAACAUUGGAGCAUUUAGUGGUGUCCUGUCCCAGAUUGGCUGGUCUUAAAAGAAUGUUACAGGAGUGGGUGGAAAGGUUCGGGGAGGUUUUCUCCAUACCACUUUGUGUCCUUGGCCCCAAAUACAUCCUGAAAAAUAGGGAAACUCUAGUAUUGAUACAUUUCUUGUUUGCUAAUGCAAAAUGAGCGAUCUGGAAAAGUAGGAAGAACCAAGUUGCUGGAGUGGGAUGGACGGAUGCAGUGCUCUGUCUGAGGGGGCUGGUGGCAGCACGUCUGAGGGUGGAACAUGCGUACUAUACGCUGAUCAAUCAUCUGCAGGGGUUUCUGGAUGUGUGGGCUGUUGGUCAGGUUCUGUGCUCACUGGGGGAGAAGGACUCUCUAAUAUUGAAGUUUUAAAGGAUAGGUGUAGUCUUUGUUUUU